AUGCGUAAACUACACAUUUAUAUACGGGGUAAACGCCUGUAACCACGGCGUAUUCACAACUGUGUUGUUUGACAGAUUCACAACAAACAUGUCGCAUAUGAAUCGAUUCAUAUUCAGGUAUCACAGUGCCUGACUGUUAGAUUGGAUUAGACAAUGGUAAACAGUGGUCUCCAAUUGCCACGAGGAAAGAAGAAUCAAAAUGGCAUCGGAAAGUGACUUUUCAGAAUUGCUCCGAAACAUAAGUUGUGAUUUAGGAAAGAAAAAACUUGACGAGCUAAAGUUUAUUGCAACAAGUAAAUGGGAUAUCCCAGAGGAGGAAGGUUGUGGAGAAACUGCCACAAAGGAGGAAGUGCUUAAAUGCUUAGUGAGGAAAGGAAUCAUCAGCAAAGACAACGUUUCUCAGUUAGAAUGUGCUUUCGAAACAAUCGGUGGAUGCAGGAGAAUUCGCAACAUGCUUGCACAAUACCAAGCAAAAAUACAAAGAAUUCGUACAGCGAAGGAGAGAUCAAUGUGGCAGGAAUUGGUUCCCAAUUUUAUUGAGACCUCGAAAUGUUACGAAGUCAAAGAACGCUUGAGGAAAGGAAAUUUGGCAAUACUAAGAGGAAUACCUGCUGCAGGAAAGUCCCAAAUCUGCGUUUGGUAUGCAUCAGAUUUUCGAAAAGAAGCUAAACACACAGCAUACAAGCUAAUGUGUCAGAAUGAAGAUGACCUGUUAACUAGCCUUAGAGGUUUCCUUGAAUUUUUGGAGAUGAAAUUUGAACGACAGAAGGAAGCGAAGAGUGAAUACAUCAUACAUAUGACGGAAGUCGCCAUGUCGUUGAUUAAAAGUGGCGGCAUGAACGAGAAACAGUACUUGUUUAUCUUUGAUGAUGUCACUGAAGCAACUUGCAAGGUAGUUGAACGCAUCAUUCAUUCAUUUCAUCAAGUGAAAAAUGUGAAAAUAUUAUGCUCUACCAGCUACUCAAAGUUCUACGAGCAGUGUACUGAAAAUGAUGUUUUUGUGAGAGUAGAAGGAGUUACAAAAUCGGAGGCUUUACAGUUUUUUAAGGGAGAUGUAAAAAAGAAGAACUCCGAAGAGGACAUUGAGGACUUAGCAACCAAAAUGGGUCAUCUACCAUAUGGCUUAGUUCUCGCCAACUCCUAUAUGUUUACCACUGGAAUGUCCGUGAAGAAGUACAUAGAUAAACUCUCGGAUAAAGAGUUUCUAAAACAGGUGGAGACAUUAAUAAGCGGUACCUGGCAAGAGUAUGACAAAGGACUUGUAUCAGCACAGAUGCUCGCCAUUGAUAAGGUCGAAAACACGUCGUCAGUGCAUGUCAAAUCACUGCUGCGUUUCAUACCUUUCCUACACCACAACCAAAUUCCGAUCAGACUCCUGAAAAAACUCCUUACAGAAAGCAUUGAUGACAGAGAUAAAGACACCAUCAUCUUUGAUUUGAUAGCGAACGUUCGAAAGUACUGUAUUGGCGGUGAAAUUGAAUCAGAACAUCAGACACAUGCUAUUUCAAUUCAUGCAGUAACAGUUUUGGUAUUAGAAUUUAGAUUGACUCGGAAAGAACAAGAGGUCUCCAUCAGGGAUUUACUCUGUUUCUUCUGUAAAAAUAUUAGUAUCGAUUGCAGGCUCCAUUUAACUUUAAUCAGCAAUUUAGAAUUUCAGCCUCAUGCUUCUAAAGUUGUUGUUCGUGCGGCUGAAAUGGAAUCAUCAAAAGAGAAAGCAUACCUGUUUCUCAUGUGCACUCUUCAUGCAGCCAUUGGCGUGAGUUUUCGAGUCGGUGGAGUGGAGGGCUUGCUAGCAGACGAACAUCUGAACAAAGCAAAGGCACUUUGUUUUCAGCUCAUAGAAGUUGACCCCGAGUCGUUUAUGCUUACAGCAGAAGAGAUCGAUUCACUGGACAACAUGGAAUAUAUUGAUGAAAACAAGAAAAAGGUAAAACGCUCAGACAGCAUGCUUCAAUUUUUUCACCGAAUAUUUCCGAAUCAAGAAGGAAUAGCAAGCACUAAAAAAGAACUGGAAAGUGGAAAAGAAAAACACAGACAGAAUGCAAGAGUUAAAGAUUCUAAAACAGAAGACUUGUACAAACGUCUAGUCAGUAUCGCCAAUGAGCUUCCGAAAGAUUUUAUAGCUGAAAUCGUGAUACAAACAGAUAGAACUAUUCAUGACUUGGAUCAUUUGGAAGAAGUUGCUGAAUUUUCUGGUAGUAUGAAGCACGUUGAUGAGCGUAAAAGAGGUCGUCUGAGCCAGGAACUGUACGAUAAACUCAUUACAAAAAAACUGGCAAUUCCACGGGAUAAGCUUGGCACAAUAGCUGUUGUGGAAAUGAUGGUGAUAAUAUUGUACAACAGUGGCAGAAACCAUUACUACCAAAGUCAGUCGGAGCACCGUGUAUCGCUUGUUUGCUGGAAUGAGCUGCGGCUUGCGUAUUUGCUCGGGAAAUUAUUGCGAGAACAAAUCCCGGAUUUUCCUUCUGUCCAAAGCCUGAUCACCAGAAGAAAUGGCAUUUUGUAUCAUUGCCUCGUCAGUAGAAAGCAUAUCAACGAAUCUGGGAAAGAGAAAGAUAUUAUUCUACAAAAGAUUAUUUUCAAUAUGAAGAGAUGCUGAACGCAAAAGACUCCAACUACUUUGAAUAUGGGAUCGUCAAAGUGAGUAAAUACCAACGUCUGCACCACGAUGCAAUGUGCUUGAAGCUUCUUCUCAAGUGCUAUGCUAUCCGGAUAGCAAACGCUGAGACCGUUCCUGACAAACACCGUCACUUCCAGGAUGGACAGAAACAUGCCAACAAGCUGGAAGAACUUCUAGAUGAUAGACCCAUGUGUCGGUGGCUAGCUGUUCCGGGAUUCCAUGUACAGAUAGCAAGAUUCUUCAUUGAUUAUGAAUUGGAAAAGGCUAUAAAACACUUCAACCUUGCUGUGCAACUGGAGGAAGAGUAUAAUUUGCAAAGACUGUCUCAUUUUAAACUGCAAGGUCAAUUUGGACUUAUCGAAUGCUACUUUACUUCGUGGGACAGCUUCUUCUGUCAAGGAGGCCGAUGCAAUAUGUGACAUACUGGUGAGUUCCCUCCACCAAACCAAUUUCAGAAGAAGUUAUCAGAAAGCAGUGCAGUACUCAGAGAAAGUUAAAGAGCAAGUUAAAGCGACGUAUGGUACAUGCCAACUAAACAAAAAUGACCAGGGGAGCUAGUAUUGCUACAUAUAUUACAUGUAACACAAAUACACCAAGAUACUCGUAAACACGUGUUUACAAUUUGGGUAAUCUGCUUCUGCAAGGUGUCUAGGAAAGAGUUACUGCCUUUAUCAAUAUAGCACAAAUUUGUAGGAGUAUUGUUGAUAUAAACCACUGGUUAAUGGAGACCACUUACAGAAAUGUUGUGUGUGUUGAAAGUUUGAAAGUGAAAUAAGGAAAUAACUCUUACGACCUUAUAUGUAAUAUUUCUCUCUGGAACAUUCUGAAAGAAAUAAUGUUUUGUUUAAACGUGUCGGUUGACAAGUGGUUGUUUACAAGAAGAGUGUUAGAGAAUUCUAGAAAAGAGAUGGUUGGAGAAUGUACUUGAAAAAUUUGGCAAUAUAGUAUCAAUACCACGAGAGCCAAAUUGUUAUUCAGAACUGGUUUACAAUUGUCAAUGAGAGCUAUAUCAAUUUUAUUUGAUUAUUAAUUGCCUGAUACUGAUAACUGAUUUACACCUGUUAAGGAGAGUUAUGUGAAUUCUGUUGGAUUAUCGAUUGCCUGGAACUGUGAAUUGUUUUAUUCUUGAUUCUUGAGAAAUAUCCUGUGUGAGAGCAAAUCUUAACGGUUAUUAAACCCAAGGCUCCAAGGCAGCAGUUUCUAAAUUUUGACGGACAAUAAAAAAUGCACCUGAAAAAGAUAGGUUUAGAUCAAGAUUCAUAACUAAUCAAAAGAAGCAAAACAUACAGAUAAUUGCUACCAAAGAGAGACUUGGCCCAAAACAUUUUUGUGUACAAAGAGAAGAAAAUCAUCAAUCAGAGGUUAGUUGACCUUUGCUGUAACGUACAUGUUAUCUUCUGAAAGCCGAAAUAUACACAAGAAAGAAAUGUAUUUAUUUUGUUUUGUUUACACAACACGGUAUGUAACCAUCUUCAAAGCCCCCGAUUGGUCGUGUGUGACCUCCAACAAUUUUGAUUGGCAAACCUCGGGCCUUUGACCACGGGCUACUUUUACUACUCUUAUUCUUUUUGUCGUCUGUCAUUCAAAAGAUCAAAUGGACACGUUUUGUGGAUUUGCCGUGGUCAACAUUGGCAUAUCUGGGCGAGAGGAGUGUCCUCAUGGAAAGGUCGAUUAAUCGGGGGUUUUAGUCGUGCGACGUAGUUUGAUGACGGUAAAAUAAAUUACGCACAGAAGCAACAUGUAUUGCAUUGAUCAAGACAAAUUAAAACUGAUACCCACAUAUCCCCUGUAAUUAUCGAUAUGCAGUGGAUCCCGAUAGUCAUGAAUGGAAUACCAAAACAAAUAAUGAUACAGUGGUAGCUAGAUCGGUGUCAUUCGGCACGAAUAUUUUACCAACAAAAAAAAAAAUAAACACACUAUCAUUCCACUUACUUUUAUUACGAAUUUAUAUUGCAAAAACGUAAAUAUAAAAAUCCAUUUUGGAACACUUGCCUCGUGUCCGUAAACUGAUAUCGGAUUUCUUGUAGAACCAUGGACAAACGUGAAAUAAACACAUUGCUCAGCAUUCCGGCUCUGUACCAGAAACUUUGUUUAAAUGCAUGGUAUCUUAAAUGAUUAAAUCUCCGGAUGAACAUUCAACAUCACGUAAACAAUGAUAGUAUACAUUUGAAAUUCCAGGAAGGGACCGAUUAUUUAAUCUGACGGUAUAAUUAGUCUAAUAAUCAGUUGUGACGUUCGACUUUGCAUUCUCGUCUUUGAAUAUUUGAGCGGAGUAAUUAAAACACGUGUUCCUAAAAUAGAUAAUAAGCUUUCCUUCAUCACGAACUAUAUUUCGUCGCGUAAUAAUUCGAUUCACAGAAUUUAGUCGGGAGAAUUUGAACUCGACAAACUCAAAUUAGUAAGUAAAAACAUAUUCCGAGUGACGCCUGCUUAUCUAUCUCCCAUUAGUUUGUUUUAUUGUCAUUGUCUUUUUUCAUUACGUGAUUAUUACACUCUUCCGUUUAUUUUGUGCGUUUUAGUUGAUUGCUCCCAGUGAAAGCAGUUUUCAAUCAAAAUAAGGUCUAAGAUCAUGGAAUAGAAUAAACUAACACCUUUUCAGAGGCCUCCAUACAAUUACAGUGUUGGCAUAAACAGUAUCUUCAUAAAAAUCGUUUUGUAUUUAAUACAGUGGAUUUGUAACAUUAUAUACGACCCGUCAAACUAUACAAACAGGAAAAAAUGAUGUUAAUUGUAAGGUCUGGAUGUUACUGUUACAUAAUUGAUGUUUAAAGUAAGGUCUGGAUGUUUCUGUAACAGGAUCGAUGUUUAUUGUAGAUUUGGAUGUUAAUAUAACAGAAUUAAUAUUUAUUGUAAGCUUGGAUGUUUUUAACAUAAUUCAUUUUUUUAGGUCUGGAUGUUUCUGUAACAGAAGUGAUGUUUAUUGUAAAGUCCCAUGGCCUUAUGUUGCUAAAUGUAUUGUUAAGUAAAUGUUAUGUAUUGGUUAGUAAAUAUAUUUUGUAUUAUAAAGUUUCUCCGAAAAA